AUGGCAAUGCGACGCCCGGCCCAUGCGCGACGUCAAGCAUCUGUCGACUACCCGAAAUACCUUCCUCUUAAUUCAACCACUCAACAACCUCCACCACUACAGCCUGAAAUGGUUUCUCAUGCAGUCGUCGCGUCUGAUUAUGAUUCAGAUCAGGGCUACGUCUCUGACUUACCAAGAGUCGCUCCUCCAAUAGCACGAACAAGAGCCCAGCUCAACCUAGCUGUUAUCCAGAAAUGGAAUUCUGAAGUCACAGAUAUCCUCUCGAUCGCUCCUUACGUAACCAUAUACGAUUGGUCCUCGAAUAGCUGGCAGAAGUCUGGCGUGGUUGGUACCUUGUUCAUCUGCCAGCUCACGCCAGGAGACUACGGAGAGCUUCGUUACAGAGCGAUCGUACUCAACAGAAGUGGUCUUGACAACUUUGAGGCAGAGCUGCGACAGUCCGACAGGAGUCGAACAGCAAUAUCCGGUGACUUCGUCGAAAUCACAAGAGAAGAUCCCGAAACGGGGGAGACAAAGGCCAGUGCAGUAUACAUCUAUAGCGAGGUAGGUACUUCGACUGAGCCAUCAAGAAAAGCCAAUGCCGAGCUCAUGUUAGAUCUGGCUGAGGCAGCCAAGAGGUCUAGAGACGCAGCUGAAGCUCAUGCACGACUACCAAUUCCGGAGCCAGAUUUAGAGUCGACCUUCAUUCCAUCACCUGGACCACUCUCAAUGCAGUUACAUUCACAGCCGAGUCCAGCACCACCUAUUGCUCCUGUAGCAAGCAAACCUGUGGACUUGCUGGCAUUACUCCGAGCUGGAACUACGCAGUCUGAUGCGGAAUCUGCAUCCAGAGCCUCGAUCAAAUCCUCUAUUAGAUCUCUUUCGCAAUUCUGGCGCUAA